CUCUAAAAUAAUAUAUUUCAAACCACCUAAACCCUUAAACUUGUGAACUGCUAUUCGUCGUUCGCAAAUUACAGGACGACGCUCCCAUUUUUAUGUGUAUUGACUAUUUUGCCCUUGAUUGUUUUAAUUCCAUAUAAGGCUCCACCAUGACUCACUUUAGCUAGUAAAAAGUUUAAUAUUAUUCCCGACCCCCCACUUGUCUUUAAAAAAUCCCGACCCACCAAAAAACCCGAGACCACCAUUGUACGGUAAUUCCGACCAAUUUUUAAAAAAUCCCGAGUGUGGUAGUUGGGGCCCACUAUUCACGAUGAGCGACGACAACUUUAAUACGCCGGAGCAGUCGUCGGAAGAAUCUGAUUCGGAGGAUGAAGAAGGCGGUGACGGGGUGGAUUAUAGUGCAAAUUUCGUGACAGACAAGGUUUUUCGAACGUUUGAUGAAGCAGUUAGUUGGGCGGAUGCUGUUGCAAUAAAUCUGGGAUUUAUUUUGGUGAAAUCGUCUUUCAACAGACAGAGGGAUGGUCGACCAUAUCGAUAUUUAAGAUGUGAUCGGGGACGCAGGAGUAAGCCGAGAGAUCUUGAGAACGCAAUAAGGAAGGACACGAAAACCAAAGCCAAUGGUUGUCCUUUCUACAUCAAGAUAUCUUACAAUUUUGUUGACGACUGUUGGUUUAUCACGGCGAAAAAUGAUGUAACUGGGACCCACAACCAUCCAAUGAUUGCGUAUCCAGAGGGGCAUCGUAAAAUAAGCGGGUUAAGCCCGGAAGCGAAGCAGGUUGUGCGUAACAUGACCAAGUCUAAGGUAGCACCGCGUAACAUCAUGGCGACUAUUGCCGAGCAAUUUCCUCAGGAUCAUCCAAACAUCAGACACAUCUACAACUGCCGAAAUGACUUCAGAACCGAGAUGUCAGAUGGGAGAGGAGUUGUUCAGCAGUUUCUACAUUUGGCUAGACAGAGUCAGUAUGUGUACUGGGUAUUGUCUGAUGAUAAUGGCGUUUUACAGCACGCCUUCAUGGCGCAUCUAGUCAUGAUAGACAUCCUACGGACGUACCCGUAUGAGAUCGGUAUGGAUUCCACAUACAAGACCAACCGAUAUGGAAUGCCGUUCUUAGAGAUAAGAUUGAGAGACUUGAUCGGGUUUGAUAAGGAACUGUCGGUUUUCUUGACUGAUCGUGAGAUGAGCCUAGUUGCGGCAUUGAGGGAAGUGUUUCCAGGGACCUCGCACUUACUUUGUCGAUGGCAUAUUAACAAAGAUGUUGAGGCUCGUGUCACUGAUAUAUUCAAAAGCAAAAAGGUUGGUGCGACAUUCAAAAACGGGAGAUGGAAACGUGUGAUGGACGCUGCAACCGAGGAGGAUUAUGAGGCUGCUGUAGAGAUGAUGAAACUGAAAUGGGCAAGUUAUCCAAAGGUGAUAGAGUAUGUUGAGAGGACUUGGCUUUGUCAUAAAACGAAGUUUGUGACAUUUUAG